CUCUACUACAUCAAGCAGAAUCAGCCCCCUGUACCUAAAAAUUCAAUUUUUCUUCCUUUUUUUCUCAAACCCUCACCCCCCUAUUUCAUCUUCAUCACCGAUUAUUCUUGAACAGUUACCAAUUUCAAACUCAAACACACAACAACAUUGACACGUGAAUAAUUAGGGUUUAUACCUCAAAGAAACACAACAAACUUGAAUAAUUAGGUUCUGAAAUGAGUGGUUCCAGGUUCAUCAAGUGUGUCACUGUUGGUGAUGGUGCCGUUGGAAAGACUUGUUUGCUUAUCUCCUACACCAGCAACACUUUCCCUACGGACUAUGUGCCGACUGUCUUUGACAAUUUCAGUGCAAAUGUAGUUGUGGAUGGGAGCACUAUAAAUCUCGGGUUGUGGGAUACUGCUGGCCAAGAAGAUUACAAUAGAUUAAGACCCUUAAGCUAUCGUGGAGCAGAUGUUUUCCUGCUUGCUUUUUCUCUCAUAAGCAAGGCCAGCUAUGAAAAUAUUGCCAAAAAAUGGAUUCCUGAGUUGAGGCAUUAUGCUCCUGGUGUUCCAAUUAUUCUCGUUGGAACAAAACUUGAUCUUCGGGAUGAUAGCCAGUUCUUUCAAGACCAUCCUGGUGCGGCGCCAAUCACCACAGCACAGGGUGAGGAACUGAGAAAACUUAUCGGUGCUCCAGUUUACAUUGAAUGUAGUUCCAAAACACAGAAGAAUGUGAAGGCUGUUUUUGAUUCGGCCAUCAAAGUAGUUCUACAGCCACCAAAGCAAAAGAAAACAAAGAGAAAGGGGCAAAAAGCCUGUUCCAUUUUGUGAUCUUCAGUUCUUCGUAUUGUAGUUCGUGGAGGAUGACAUGACAGUAGCCAUUUCCUGGUAGUCUUUGCCAUUCUGAUUCUAUAUAUAUCUUAUACUAUUUUCGACCUAGAUGGAGGAACCGCCAUGUCCAACUGACCGCGUUAAAGCUUGCUUAUAAAAAAUCAAGCUAUUUGUCUCUGGCUGAAGGAUAAUAUGUAAAGUCAUAAUUCCAUCAUGUUUGGUGUGUACAAUUGUUGUGUUUCUCCGGAAUGUUUACCUUUUGUAUUGAUUAUCAAAUGGUCAUCUCCAUUUGUGGACAUGGGUUUUACUCACAUUGUAGUCUAAUCUUAGGAAGUGCUUGCAACAUAUGUGCUUUGGAUGUGAACUAAGUAUAUGUAAUUAAUUAUGUUAGCUACUUAACAGCCUUAAUAUAGCUCGGUUUGUUCAUUGGUUCA